GUAUCCCUUAGCCCAGUGAUGACGACAUCAUUCCGCGACUUGUAGUUCCUGUCACACUGAAUUUUUAUUGUGAGCUAAAGAAAUUCACUCCUGACUUUUAAAAGUGUUUAACUGAAGUAUAGUAGUGAAUGUGUAGUUUUUAUUGUUUUCGUUUUCACUGCGACAGCUUGUACAAGGUCGUUACACGUACGUAGCUAAGCUACGUGGCUAAUUCACGUGUUCUUCUACAGCCCGUGCUUGUAGCUAACGUUAGCUCACUGCUAUCAGCCCCAUUCAAACGACAUUACGAUAACAAAGGACUUCCAGGCGUUGUGCUGCAGGUAUUUAGUGACCGGGUUGGACUGCUCGGAGCAGCGGGAUGAAGCUGGAGCUGUCCCGGCUGGUUCAGGGAGGAGGUCGGCUGGGGGUCCUGAAGGGGCUCGGCAGGACGAAGCAGCUCCGCCUGGAGGUCCCGGGGUGUCUCCUGUACACACACUUGGGGACAGUCCCCCACCUCACCCAGGACACACUGCAGACCCUGAGCAACCUGCCCUCUGUCACCCAGGUCUCCCUGUCCAACAUAGCAGAGCACCAGGAGGUGUUGGAGGAGUUUAAGGAUGGAUUCAGGAAGUUUGCAGGUCUUCAUGAUACUUUGUUGUACUGCUCGCUCCACGACCCUGCGGCCCCCUGUCCGACAGGCUAUAUUACCAACAAGACGGUGUCAGUGUGGGGCAGCGGUGGGCGGAUAGAGCUGACUGUGGCCAAGUUCAUGGCACUGCAGAAGGUCGUGCAGCCAGACUGGUACCAGAGCAUGGCCGACGGAGAGACGUGGCAGAACAACACGUCACUCAAACGGGUUCGAAAGUCUGUGGAUCGUACUCUCGCUCACUUGGAUGAGUGCCUGCUGGUGCACCAAAACUCACAGGAGUUGGAGGGAGUGGAGGUGUUCGGCGUGGUGGAGGGAGGAGACAUCUUGGAAGAGAGGGUGCGCUCGGCAAGGGAGACGGCCAAGAGGCCCGUGGCUGGAUUCUGUCUGGACAGCCUCCGGUCAAGCUCCAUAGACCCGGCCCUGAGGACCCAGCUCAUCACUGCUGUGACCAAAGAGCUGCCUGAGGACAAACCCAGACUGCUGCAGGGUGUCGGACGACCUGACGAGGUGCUCGCCUGCGUUGAGGCCGGCGUGGACCUGUUCGAGAGCUUUUUCCCGUUCCAGGUGACGGAGCGAGGCUGCGCUCUUUGCUUCAGCUUCGACAUCUCCCCGGACCCGGAGCGCGCAGGUAGAGCGCCCCCUGCAGUGCUGCAGCUGGAAGAUGAUGAGAGGGACGCUGCAGAGAAGACGCAACCGAACGGAGAUCUUAAUCCUGACGAUCAAACACAAAUGACGUCCUUUGAGAUUAAUCUCAAAGACAAAAGGUACCAGGACGACUUCAGGCCCCUGGUGGAGGGGUGUGGCUGCUACUGCUGCAAGAACCACCAGAGGGCGUACCUGCACCACCUGCUGGUGACCAAUGAGCUGCUGGCCGGAGUCCUGCUCAUGAUCCACAACACAGCCCACUAUCACGGCUUCUUUGGCGCCUUAAGAGAGGCUAUGGCCAGUGAUAAAGUGGACCUCCUAAAGAGACGGGUACUUAGGGAGAGGGAUGAGCAGACGGAGAGAAAAGAGCAAGACGGAUAAAUCAGAAAGAUACGAGAGGGAUUGAUCUCACUCCUCUUGAGGAUCGCUGGACUGAGCUGCCAGAGGCAAUCAAAACUCGAUCUGGCUCUUUCCAGUACAGUUAGAGGAUGUGGGGCUGUGAUGCUGCAGAGACCUUGCCGAGCCAUUCCUUAUGUUACCAAAGUCAUGUCUCUUACGAAUGUUUAAAAGAGAAGGGGGAGGAUUAAAAGAAAACGAAGCAGAUAAAGGCAAGUGUUGAUGUCUGUCGGUGCCUUGGGUUUCACAUCUGGACGAGCGCUCCUGUUAAAUUCCUGUAUUGAUCUGAGCAGACAUGGUUGGGUGCCUGAAGAGGGAUAGGAGCUUGACGAGUGGUCAAGAGGAAUUUGCAUAAAGAAAUGUGAGGAUGGAUGGAGGCGGACUAUCGACUCUGACUGAUUCCCCAUGUGCGUCCUCCUGUGGCCCGGUCGCAGGUCAGCAAAUGACUAAUGUCCUCUGGACUCAUUGACACUGCAGCAUAAACCAGAGGGAGAGCCGACGACUGACAAAAAAAAUCCCCAAAAUAGAUUCUGCUUUUCUGCUGAUCCACAUUAAAAAGUCUUUCCUAUUGAGGAUGGAAUCUUUUUUGUCA